UGUCGUGUUUGCGCACGCGUCUCUGUUGGAAUCUGCUGCUGUUAGAACGUUUCUGAACGUGGACGAGUGAGUAGUUUUAAGUCCCGUGUCAGAUUUAGUGCACUCGGUCAUAGUCUAAGAGAUCGCGAACAUUGGCUAAGUGAAAAAGGAAUAAGAACAAAAAAUACGAUAAACUAUUUGUUUUUUCUUUAAAUCUUCUUUUCUAAUCACGAAAAUGUCGUUACUACUGGAACGAAUUAUUAGUAAUAUUAUAUUGCUAUUAAUUAUAACAAAUGGCAGUUAUUCGACGAGAUGUAACAGAAUGAUUGAUGGUACAACAAGGCCACGUUCACCUGCCGAAGACAAAUAUUCUUUCUUCAUGACGCUUUAUAAUAGAACGGACAUUGUAUACGCAUACAUGCCGAACACCAAAUAUACAGUGACAAUAAUGUCGGAGAGUCCAGGACCGGUACCAAGGAAAUUCACAAGAUUUUUAAUAUCAUCUGAAACUGAGAACGAAAGUGAGGUUGUUGAAAUCGGUACUUUCGAUAUUAUUGACGAUUCGAUCAGUAAAUAUUCCGAUAAAUGUGCCAAUGCAGUUGUCGAAGUGUCUAAAGUACCAAAAGAACGAGUUUCCGUUGCUUGGACAAGCCCUUCAGAAGGUAGCGGUUGUGCACUUAUCAGAGCAACCAUUUUGGAAACACCGGACACAUGGUACAUGGACGAUUCGAAUUUGGUUUUAAACAUAUGUCAAGAUACGAAAGCUGAAACUGACGAUCAGGGUCCGGUUCUUGAGAAAUGUUGUGCUUGUGACGAGGCCAAGUACGAAGUUACUUUCGAAGGGCUCUGGUCUAGAAAUACACAUCCAAAGGAUUUUCCAAGCAAAGGUUGGUUAAUUCGAUUUUCCGACGUGAUCGGUGCAUCUCACACGGUCGAUUAUCGAUUUUGGGAAUACAACGGAUACGCAAGUAUAGGUUUAAAACAAGUUGCCGAGCUUGGAUCUACGAGAAGAUUGGAAUCCGAAUUAAAAAAUCAAAGCGAACACAUCAGAACAAUAAUAAAAGCACGAGGAAUCAGUUAUCCUAACGUAACCGGUAGAACAUUUGCCGUAUUUCGUGUAGAUCGGAAACAUCAUUUGAUGUCUUUGGUGUCGAUGAUCGAUCCAUCACCUGAUUGGAUAGUAGGUGUAUCUGGAUUGGAAUUAUGUAAUUCAGAUUGUACAUGGAUCGAACAUAAAGAAUUAAAUUUGUAUCCGUACGAUGCAGGAACCGAUGAUGGGAUAACAUAUUUGUCUCCAAAUGAACCGACAGAACCACAGGAAGUUAUUCGACGUAUUACUUCGACUUACCCAAAUGAUUCGAGGUCACCGUUUUAUGAUCCAUCUGGUUUGGAUAUGAAACCAUUGGCAAAACUUUAUUUGAAUCGUCAAAGAUUGUACGAGAAAACUUGCAAUAAAACUACGACCGAUUCUACAGAAGAAGAAGCAUGCAGAGUAAGUUCUUGGAGUGGUUGGAGCGAAUGUUCAGUAACAUGUGGUAAAGGUAAUAAACUGAGACAACGACAAUAUCACAACAUUACUGCUGCUGUAAUUAACAAAUGUAACGUAGCGUUAACGAGUAGGAUAAAUUGUUAUAAAGAAGAAUGUGGAAAUAAUGAUUACAAUUCUGGUAUACUGGGUAGUGAAAAGUGUCGUUUAACCGAUUGGAGUGAAUGGAGUUCAUGUACAGCAACUUGUGGUCAUGCAGUAAGAUCACGUUCACGUAAUUUCGUACACAAACAAUAUAGAAAGCAAUGCAAUUAUGAAAAAAAUGGUCCAGAACUUGAACAAAAUAUUGAAUGUGAUAACGAACCGUGUUCAGACGAAGAUCAGGAUGAGGUAAGGAAUUUUGCAAUGACAGAGGAAAACGACGUGGUCAUGGUAGAUACGGAUGAAAACGAUCACAAUGUUUCUUACGAGGGUGACGAACCGGAAGUGGAGGUAAACGAGGAAUGGUUGCAGAAGUGUCCACCCGAACAUUAUACGCAGUGGUCAGUGUGGACCCCAUGUAGUUCUAGUUGUGGAUUAGGUAUGCAAUUGAGAACGAGAAAAUAUAAAGAAAGUUAUAAUGGUAUGGGUGAAGAUAAUCCGAACAUAGAGGAAUGUAAACAACAACAAGCAACCUGUAUGGCCGAUAGAAAAUUUUGUGAUUUUUCUCGAGAAGAAGCAGCAGAAUUAUGCAGUGAACCAAAAAUAGAAGGAAAUUGUAGUGAACACAUAUUAAGAGUUUAUUUCAACAAAUACGACGGACAGUGUCAUCAUUUUAAAUAUACAGGAUGCGGUGGAAAUAGAAAUAACUUUCCAACCAAGGAAUAUUGUUACACAGUUUGUGGAAAUUAUCAAAGAGAAUUAAAAGCCAACUUGUCGGCUCUUAUGAAAAAUUUUAAGGUAUCCCUCAGCAGUGUUCUCAGCUAUCAUAUACCUAUACAAGAACAACACAGGAGAAAGACUAAACGAGCACAAUUUGAUGAAACUUCGGAAUCUUUAUUAGAGUUCAAAGGUCUUCAAUCUGGAAGUCAAGUGGUAGAAUCGUCAGAAGAAAACAAUCAGCGAAUAAAUUGCAAAGUAACAGAAUGGAGCGAAUGGUCACCUUGUAAGGGUUGUCGUGGUUUUACAUCAAGCAAACGGAAAAUUCUUAUACCGGCUAAAGGCAAGGGUAAACGUUGUCCCAAAAAAUUACUCCGAAGAAGAAAAUGUCGUAAAAUACCACCGUGUUCAGAAAAGAUUAAUAGAGGAGUACAAGAAAUUUCAAUAGAUUGUAAAGUGCAAGAUUGCUCAUUAAAGAAAAUACUCUGGUACUUGGGGAGUUACGCUGGAAUAUAGAAUAAGAAGAAAUGUCACAAAGUUCAACCUCGUGGUCCAAAUGGUAGACUUUUGUUCUACAAUUGUAGAAUUUAGAAAUUGUACGACGUUAGAAUGUCCGUAAUAAAUCUUUUCACUCAGUUAUA